AGACACGAGUCAUGAUGAUUUGUGCCGUAGCUCCAGAUUCCCCCUCUCCGCCGCUAAAUGCUUAAACGGCUCUUUUACUUUCAUUUUAAAGGAUAACAUAUUGGCAUAACGUUAUAGAGUCGUACAUUUUUUGGGGGGAAGUGGAUAUUUGAUUUGUAUUCUCUACCUGGACUGUUUAGUUUACAAGGGGCGGUGUCUGUCGCUUCUAUCUUCACAGCAGCCCCACCAUGCGUCUGUUCGUCGGCUCCAGCUCCAUCGGCGGCCCGCUGGAGCUCGUCGUCCCCAGAGGAGAGACCGUAGACGGGCUGAGGACUCGCCUCUCUCGUCAACUCAACAUGCACACGGACAGAAUAGUCCUCCUGCACAAAGACAAGCAGUUGACUGCAGGGAAACUACUGGAGCAGGGAGUAGCAGAUGGCAGCAGACUGACCUUACAGGUGCCUGCGGCAGUCGAAGCUGGUUUAUCUGUAAGUUUAAAAAAAAAAAAAACACACACACACACACAGAGAAAACAUGUCAGCACAUUAUUUUUGGUGGCACUUGGGUUCAUCAUCAUUUGGGUUAAUCAUUUUCCUCUGCAGCGUUCUAGUGCCAGAGCCGAGAGGAUUGUGGACGUUUUGGAGAGGCUAGCAGACUGUGAGAUCAGUGACUUCCUGUCCGGUCGUUCGCCUUUAGCCAUUAAACUGGGUAUGGGGGCCCACACAAUGCACGUGCAGCUCCAGCUGUCCCCUCAGGAUGUGGCUAAACUACAGCUGGAGAAAGCCCCAGAAGCUAUUAGCAGCCCACCCACAAAGGUCAACAUGGGCCAGUCUGCUUCAAGCUGCUCCCCCACUCGCACAUUCACGACUUCAGCAGCUUCUUCUCCCCCAACCGCAAACUCUGCCGGCUCUAUGCAAUUUGAGCCCCAAGCUGUUCCUUGUAUGGACUGCCACCGCCGAGCAACUUCUCAUCACUCACGUCCACACGCAACUCUUUUAACGCCUUCCUUCCAUGCCACUUGCCCACUACCAGCGACUACACCGGUCUGUUACAAUGACUCCAUUGCUGCAUCUCAGAGUCCAUUACCAGCCUCCACCUUCAAAGAGUGUUUUCACUCCUCCACUGUUGAACGGAUCAAGCAACCAGGCGCAGUGAUAGAAAGUUUUGUGAAACAUUCUCAAGGAGUAUUCUCUGGAACUUUCUCUGGCACUUUGGCUCCGUGCAGUCAGAGCGGCGUCAGCCGUCGAGCCCGCAGCAUCGUCAUUAUUCUGAAGAUCCUCGAUGACCUCCUUAGAGCUGCCUCAAACCACCAAGGGGCUCCGUCUUCCCUUUGUCCGGCUUUGGACCCUCCAGCACAGGAGCACAAGCACAAACAGAAUACCAACCCCGCCAGUGAGGCUCCAGCUGAAGAGGCUCAGCAAUUCCUCACAAACUCCGAAGAGAAUCAGACGUUGCACUGCAAGCUAAAGCACUUGCAGUCUCUAAUGGUCAGGCGACGUCAUCACAGGCGAACUCGCAAAGGUUCCCAAUUUUCACGACCAGCUCACCCUUAUCAGCGUCACCAUCGUUUCUGAUCUCCAUAGCGGUGGGCCAGGAGAGUGGCCUUUUAAGUUCUUAUGGGCGCCAUCACUUGUGCAAAUGCUACUGUUUAUUGAAUUAUGAAAAGAAAUGACUGACCAAACAAGGUUUGGGUAAUUUAAUUCCAACAUAUCUACUUUGCCUAUCAUUUGUAAAGAUAACUGAAAAGAACAGAUUGCAUUCUGCUUUUUGAAUACAAUUAAGCUAAAAAAACCAACAACAAAAAACGAGUGAGCUUCUUGCUUGUUUGAAUUUUUUUCUCCUGUUUAUCAGGAAGUGAUUAUAAAAUAUAUGCAGAGAGACCAGUAGAGGGCAAUGUUUGCAUUCGCAGCGUUUGACGCAAAUGAGUAGUCCCAUAUGCAUGUUGCUUAUAAGAGACUGUUAUUAUCAAUAUUUUGCAGGUUGCUUCAACAGGUCAAGGUCAUCCAACAAAUCCAACUAACUGUGAACUGAAAUAACAAGAAUUUUGAUUUGCAGAGCAGGGAAUCACAUGUGAUUAUAUUUUCAGAAAAAAGUGUUUCAUCUCUAUGCAAAGUAUAUUUAAUAGCAACGAUAGCACAUAGUCCAGACGUGUUCUCUCAUCAUCCGUGUUCUUGUUGGGAAAUUAAAUCUGAAUGGAUGGAUUCUUGUAGCCAAUUUCAUUAAACACACU